GAGAUUAGACAGGUUAACGGAUUUGAGAUAUUGAUUUAAUUUUUCAAUUUUCAGUUCUGAUUCAGCUUCUUAUUAGUCUGUGAGUUUCAGACUCACAACACAAUCAGUCAGUGACACAGAGUAUUUUGUAUCUAUCUGGUCAAUGAUCUCAUUGACCAGUCAGUAGCGUGUCUGGGAGGGAGUAGUAUCUUAUUAGUCUGUGCUGGGACCUGGGAUUGCGCUCGAGGAACGCCGGUCACUUAUUACUUGGUAUUUCACGCAUAACGAUCAUAAUCUACAUAUGAACAAUGCGUUUUUAUCUACAAGCAUGCCUUUUAACAACGUUACUCGGCCUUUAUUUGUGUAUUAGUGAAGAUUCUACAAAUCAAGAUGAAAAGUUGCCUACGAUUGGUGUUUCCGUAUUAAUCCGUAAUAAGGCACACAGUUUACCCUAUUUCUUUACGUAUUUGGUUAACCUAUCGUAUCCCAAAGACAGGAUGUAUAUCUGGAUCCACAGCGACUUUAAUGAAGACAAUAGCAUUGAAAUCAUUGAGGCUUGGGCAGAGGAAUACAAAUCCCAAUAUAAUGGAAUGUAUAUUACUACAAACAAUUCCAGUGGACCAUUGCAUAGUGGUGAACAACACUAUGUUAAAUGGAUUCCUGAACAUUUUAACCAUGUCAUAAAGCUGCGCCAACAAGCCCUAGAUUUUGCUCGAAAGCAAUGGGCGGAUUACCUAUUUAUGGUGGAUGCAGAUGUUUUCCUGACAAAUCCGGACACCCUUGAACUUUUAUUGGGGAAAAAGUUGACUGUUGUUGCUCCUAUGCUUCUAUCUGAUGGACUUUACUCCAAUUUUUGGUGUGGAAUGACUGAAAAUUACUAUUACUUGAGGACUGAUGAAUAUAAGCCUAUAAGAGAACGUGAAAAGACUGGCUGUUUUGCUGUUCCAAUGGUCCAUACUGCAGUCUUAAUCAAUCUGAAGCGUACGGUUACAGAUAAGCUCACUUAUACACAUACAAAUCUGCAAUCUUAUGAUGGACCAGUGGAUGAUAUUAUAAUUUUUGCUCUUAGUGCUAAAUGGAAUGGGGUAGAGCUUUAUGUCUGCAAUGAUUAUGUUUAUGGAUACGUGCAAGUUCCAAUGGAGGAGAACGACGGCAUUCAAAGCGAUGUAGAGCAAUUAGUCAAUGUUAAAUUAGAAGCUAUAAGUAAGGGCACCCCUUUAUUUUGGGACCCAUUCUUUUCAAAAUUUGUGGAUUACCCACCUCCGUCUAAAUAUGGAUUAGAUGAGAUAUAUAUGAUUAACCUUGCGAGGAGGACGACACGUCGGGAACUAAUGGAACAAAGCUUCAAGGAACUUGCUAUGGACGUAAAAUUAGUUGAAGGAGUAGAUGGCCGUACUUUGGACUUUACUAACUUGGGGGCAUUGGGUGUUACCCUCAUGCCUAAUUAUGAAGACCCAUAUCACAAAAGACCUAUGAAAACUGGUGAGAUAGGAUGCUUCUUAAGUCACUACUACAUUUGGCAAGAGGUUGUGGAAAAAGGAUAUCAAAGAGUGCUGGUAUUAGAAGACGACAUACAUUUUACACCAUACUUUCGAAUCAAGAUUUUACUUUUGUUGUCGGAAUUGGAAGACCUAGAUUGGGAAUUAGUUUACAUCGGAAGGAAGAUCAUGACUGACGAUGAGGAGAUGGUGAGCCGGUACACCUCACGACCCGGCUACACGUAUUGGACACUCGGCUACAUCCUCAAUCAAAGUGGCGCACAGAAACUGAUUAAUGCCAAGCCUUUAGAAAAAAUGCUACCAGUUGACGAGUUCUUGCCCAUCAUGUUCAACGAGCACCCUAAUGAUACCUGGAAGUCUUACUUUCCGAAUCGGGACCUGAAGGCGCUGUCAGCUGCUCCUCUUCUGGUCCACCCUACGCACUACACCGGCCAAGAGGGGUACGUCAGCGACACAGAGGACUCCAUCGUGCUCGAUGGCUCCGCCUUCGUCGAUGGCAGGAUCGUCAUUGACCACGCCACUUCGCGCAUCAUAGGUCGUAUAAAUAGUGAACUUUGAACGCUCGCUAUCAUAUUGGUAAAACUUUUAUUAUCUUCAUUAGGUCUUAUUUUCUUGAUUAUUCAGUUUCUAGUAGCAUUGGAACUGGAGGAUGACAAGUUUCCUGACUACCAGUUUUGUAUUUGUAUGUUAAUGUUGUUUUCUUAGCCGAGUUACCCAAAAUGCGUUUCACGGAUUGAGUCGACGUCUGUAAUUUUAUUAUUGAUUGCCAUUUUACUUAUUCCUGAGCAGAUUUUUAUUAACAUAUACAUACAAACAUAAACAACCUAACUAUGUCUCACUGUUGGGGAUAGGCCUUCCCUUAAUCAGGCGGAGGGCGUUUUAACAUUAUAUUAGUAUAUUUCACAGUUCUCGUGUACUGACGGAAGUUCGUAGAUUUUAUCGCAUUGUAGUAACAGGAAUAUAUUGGAUAUACUAGCGACGCUCGAGUAGUAGUUGAGCCCUUGGUCAACUUAUUGAGCUUCGGAAUAAUAUCUCUUACGGUUCAACCGUUAGUUCAUCAUGGCCGUUUUGUAUAUUAAAUAAUAUUAUAUUUGAAUAGUAAAUUAAAUGCUAACUGCACUAUUUAUGACACUAUAUUAUAUACUUACCUAUUAUAUACUACAUAUUUAGAUGAAUUUACACAUUAAAAGCCCUUUUAUAGAGUAGGUUAGAUUUUCGAGGUAAAACCUCCGUUUUUAUACUUAUAUAUUUUAUAAAAUGAACAUAAUAUUAAUGAUUAUAAAUAUUUUUAGUAAGACUUUUAUAUGAAUUUGCCACUGUCUAUUUAUAAUUUAGCUAGGUUGUAAUGAGUCAAAUUUAUAUUUACUGAUGGCAUUUAUUAGUUUUUAAGUGCUUAUACUUAUUUUUUAUAUAAUAUUUUUUUUAUGUAUUACGUAUUUACUCAUUUAAAUGUUAUACUAUUUUUAACGCCAAAUUAAAUCAAAGAAUUAAAUAAUAAGUAGUUUCUAUGUCUAUGUGCCAUAAUAUCAUCAAUGUUUGUAAAAUUCAAAUUAAUCAAUAAUAAAAUGUCUGUCAUGACCAAUAAGAUCUUUAAUUUAAAUCUUAAACGAUGUUUCUACGGUAACCUGAUAACAAUAUAAUUUCGUCUCCUAUUAACGUAAAAUUAACAAGUGUAAUGUGCAAUAAUGAAUUUAAAAAAAUAUUUAUAUCCAAGAAAGCUGGUGAGAAAUAUGCUUCUCAAAGAAAUAAGGAUGCU